AUGGAGGAAGAAGAAGCUUCCACCAGUUCUGCAACACCGCCAAAGAAAAUAAGACGAAUGUGCCAUUAUAAUAAAGACUGGGAAAAUAAAUAUUCUUGGAUAACUAAAGCCAACGUCGACACUAGAGCUUACUGUAAAAUUUGUAGAAAUGAAUUUGCUGUGGCUGAAGGUUUGAAGGGGGUGAACCAGCAUGCCUCUACAGAAAAGCAUAAAGAGGCGGAAAGUGCGCAAGCCAAGUCCCAAAGAAUGGACUCUUUCUUUACGCCUAAAGGAAGCGCACAGAGUGAAAAAGUAAGCCUUGCCGAGUUAGCAGAUAUUUUUCACUCUGUAAAACAUCACAUCUCCUAUUUGGCUCAAGAUUGUUCAUUAAAUGUCAGAAAACAAACCAUCACAGAUUCGGAAAUCGUGAAACAAAUGACCGGAGGGCGCACCAAAUGCACUGCCAUUGUGAAUCAAGUUCUGUACCCUUAUUCAAUGGAACUGGUCCAAGAGGAUUUGAAAGAAGUCAUGCCUUUUUCCGUCGCUACUGAUGCGUCGAAUAAAGGAAACAAGAAGUUGUUCCCAGUUGCCGAAGUGUUACUAUUACUGGAAAAUAACGACACAUUAGCUUUCAGUCUACACAAUAUUAUGACACAAUUCCGGGACACAAUAGUGAAAAAAAUUUAUGAUGAACACUUCGGAAUGAAAGUGCGUAUGGCCAUGAACAAAAAGUACCUAUCGGAUGAAGAAACUCAGGAGUUUAAAAAACACGCCCUGAUUGCUUAUCAACGAGCUGUUGCUUAUUUGGAAAAGUGGUUCCAGUUCGAAAACUCGGUGUUCAGAAGCUUCAGUUGCUUGGACCUUGAACGCGGUCUACCAACUCUGGACCAACUAAUUGAAUUGUGGACUCUAACGAGAAGCAACGACACUCCACCGGAAGCACUCUACUCAGAGUUGGCUAUACUUAGUAGUGUUUACCAGUCCCUGGAGGGAAAGUCAGUGGAUAUGUGGUGCAGCUUUUUUAGUAAAGAAUCAGCGCCAAAUCUUCUCAAAUUGGUUCAACAUGUAUGCAGCAUUCCUGUAUCGAACGCCUUCGUCGAGCGCAUUUUCAGUGUGAUGGGGAAUAUAUGGACCAAUGAACGAAACCGCCGUGGUCUAGAGACUGUGAAAAGUGAACUGUGUGUUUUUUUCAACAUAAACUCGAGCUGCACUGAUUUUAAAGAACGUGUUGUAUCAAAUAAAACACUAUUGAAAGCGGUUGCGUCAAAUGCAAAAUAUGUUAAAAAGAAGUAA